AUUGGACUGGAGCAGGACGAGACAAGACAAGACGAGACAAGACGAGACGAGGACAGGACAGGACAGGACAAAACGACACCCUGGUCGGCGACAACGACCCCGCGCUGCCGCGAUAACGAAAGACACGAGUAACGAGUAACGCAUGACGAAGCACCCACGACGGCACGGCACGACACGACACGACUACCAAAUAUGGCGGACCGUGAUUACGACGAGGGCAAUGAGGCAUUGGACCCCGAACUUCUUUACACGAAAGAGUAUUGCAUAGGAGGGGGCAGUUUCGGCAAGGUAUACAAAGGAGUCGAGAAGAAAAGCGGUCAGGCCGUAGCAAUCAAGAUCAUCGAUAUCGAGAGCGCCGAGGACGAGGUCGAAGACAUCAUUCAAGAAAUUGCCAUCCUCUCCGAACUACAGUCGCCAUACGUCACCAAGUACUACGGCUCCUAUGCCAAAGGCGCCGAGCUGUGGAUCGUCAUGGAGUUCUGCUCCGGCGGGAGCUGCGCCGAUCUCAUGAAGCCUGGCCACAUUGCCGAGGAUUACAUAGCCAUCAUCGUCAGGGAGCUGCUGCUGGGCCUCGAGUACCUUCAUUGCGACAAGAAGCUCCAUCGAGAUGUCAAGGCCGCAAAUGUCCUUCUCGGGUCCAAUGGCCAGGUCAAAUUGGCCGAUUUUGGUGUCUCGGGCCAGCUCUCCGCCACCAUGACCAAGAAGAACACCUUCGUCGGCACCCCUUUCUGGAUGGCCCCAGAAGUCAUCAAGCAGUCUGGCUAUGAUCACAAGGCCGACAUAUGGUCCCUGGGCAUCACCGCCCUCGAGCUGGCCAACGGCGAACCCCCUUACGCCGAUAUCCAUCCCAUGAAGGUCUUAUUCUUGAUUCCCAAAAACCCACCCCCGCGCCUCGAGGGAAACUUUACAAAGGCCUUCAAGGACUUCAUCGAGUCAUGUCUGCAGCGCGACCCCAAGGAGAGACCCUCCGCCAGGGAUCUUCUGAAGCAUCCCUUCAUCCGAAAAGCCAAGAAGACCUCGUACCUGACUGAGCUGAUCGAGCGCCACAGCAGGUGGAGGGCUACCCACAAGUCAGAGGACGACGAGUCAUUUGACGAUGGAGACGACAUACGCGAGCGAGAGCCCGUCAACGAAGACAUGUGGGAUUUCGGUACGGUGCGGCUUGUUGGCGAUAGAGGUGGCAUAAUCAACCGUCCAGGGCUCAACCCCCUAGACGAGUCGACGAGGAACGCAAGGGCCUCGAGGCCGCUGGAAGGCGAUUAUGGUGAAAGACCCAGAAGCAUAUCUCCUACUAAGAACCAGGAGCUUGCCCAUCCGUCUGCCAGGCCUACUACAGUCAAAGCGACUAACACCCCGUCCAUUGGGACCGCACGGCAGACAUCGCCACAGCGUAAACCCGUCCCCAGCAUUGCCCCAUCAUCGCCAGCCAAGGUGCCCCUACCCGCCUCUCCGUCCAAGCAGUAUGAAGACCCAAACACCCCGAGGCCCCCGAAGCAGAUGCCCCCGCCGCCCCCCAUGCAGUCGCCUGAUUUCGACAGGCCGUUCAAGGAGCAAUUGCAGCGAGACAUGGGACAACUGAACAUAUCUCCCGUGACCCAACCUCAGUUUAAUUCUCAGCAAGUCCUUACCCCUCGGGGUUCUCAGGCACAUUUGCAACAGCGAGUUCCAUCCAAGGCUGGACCCUUGGGCCUGCCGGAAAUACCUCCUUUCCGAGGUGCACCCCCGCAACCGCUACUACAAAAAAUAACAAACCAGCAAGCUGCUUAUCAGCAAGCAGCCUUCCCAUCCAAGGCACAGCCAAAGCAAGUUCCCCAUGUACCCGAGUCCUUUCCGUCGCCCGCACCGUCCAAUCCUAAUGGCGAGCUCGAUGCGCUCAACGAUGUUAUUUUUCCCGCACUAGAAGAGGCUCUGAAGCGGCGCCAAAUACGGCUUCAGCAACUCUACCGCAAUGAGAAAGUCGUUACGCCGCAACGACAGCGGGCUGAGGCAGCCCACGACAAGAUCCGCAAGCAUGUCUACAAACUAGCUAAUGUUUGUAAGGAGAUCGACCGCCUUGAUAAGAGUGAACCUGUGGGCAUGGGUCGCGAGGUCGGCACUUUCUUAGAGGGUCUGUUGGAAGAAAUUCUUGUCAGAGUUGAGCCGCUGGACGAGGAGGAUGUGGCGGAGUAGCGUGUGCGGACUGUGCUUUCUGUUCGAUAGGAAACGAAACUCGGGGC